AUGGCAAUAUGCAGCUAUCUUAUUCCCAAUUCGAUGAUUAUAUUUAUCUAUUUUAAGUUAGUUGGAUAUGUCCGGCAAGCGGGUAAACGUGCGACACCUGCAAAUAUUUUAAGUCGUGCCCAACGACAAUUGAAAAUGCUUCGACGUACGGUUAUACUUGUAAGUAUUUUGCUCACAUUUGGUUUACCUUAUUUUCUCUUUAUUCUAAUGUCAUUUUUCAUUAAUAUAUACAAAUAUCAUUUUCGAAUUAGUUAUCUAUUUGCCACUGUAGCAUUACCAUUAAUGAUGAUUGCUUUGUUGCAAUUCACAGAUCCACUUAAAGCAUCUUUAAAUAAAUUAAUCAAUAAACGACCGAAUAUGAUAAUGGCAGCUGUAGCAUGA